AUGCAGCUCGGGAGUGAUGGUAAAAGAAUGUCUAGCUAUCAAGCUACUAUGGAGAAACCAAAGCCUGUUCGAUUGAUGGCACUCGGUCGUCCAUUUCGUCUGGGAAUGCUCUAUGACCUGCGCAGUCAUAACCUGAUUUCUGAUGCAACACUGUUGGAUAAUAAGUAUCUACAGGAAAACGUGGUGAAAACUCCAUAUCGUACCACAAAUUUGACUUUUAUAUCUCAUGAUAAUUUUCAUACCAAAGCCAAUCAACUAAUAUUGGAUAGCAAUAUGAUGCUGAACAUUAUCUGCAAUCUCGUCGAAAUUUCCGGUUCAGCUAACUAUGUUAAUGAUCGUCAACGGACAAAUCAUCAGUCACGUAUGGUCCUGAAAUAUUUGAUGACAACUCACUUUGAACAACUGUCAGUAGCACAUCUUGGACGAGAGUUUGAAUUACAGAAUCAAGAUAUUGCUACACACAUUGUCACCGCUAUCACCCAUGGUGCAGAUGCAUUUUUUAUAUUUGAUCGAAAAGUUGGCCUAGAUGAAAAUAAGGAAGAGAUUGAUGCGAAGGUUUCGACAGCUGUGAAAAAAUUGCCGAGCUGGAGCAUCGAUCUGAACGGAAAUAUCGUCGUGGAAGAACAGGACAAAGAUGUGGUCGACAAACUUCAGUGUACAUUUUAUGGUGAUUAUAACCUGAAACAGCAUCCAAGUACCUUUCAAGAUGCAGUCAUGUUGUACCAGGAAUUGCCUGAUUUACUAGGUGCUGACGGUGAACAUGCUGUACCAAAAACAGUUUGGCUAUAUCCAUUGCACCUUUUACUGGACUCAAAACCUGCAACAAUUAUUUAUGAACUACCAGAUUUUCUCGUUAAUCAAGCGUUGGUUAUCACCGAAGAUCUCCAUUCGUCCAAGGUUAAAGCCAGUGAUCUCACUCGAUCCCCGGCAUUCCAAUAUUUCUCUCAUCUGAAAGAGCAGCUGUUAAAGUUCAUCGAGAUAAUGGAUGCAUAUGAAAAUAAAAUCAGAAGGGAAAUGGCCGUCAUCCUACUCCAAAUCCGUUCCGGUCAAGCAGCAGCAGUCCAAGAACUCGAUAAAAUAUUUGCAAAUGUAGAAACUUCACCGUUCAGUCAACAAACACUAUCUAAGUGGCUCGAAGACAAACAAGAUGAAAUUGAACACCUCGACUCACUCGUUCGAAAUAUUAACCAAAGCACAUCGUCAAGUGCAAUAGAAUGGUGCUCGGUUGCGGAAGUUGUUAACACUGCCGAUUUAAAAUAUAUUCUCUGUCUCUCAUUUCGUUUGAACGAAGAAGAUGAACCACAGCUGAGAGAGAUGUCCAAUUAUUUUGAUCGAAAAGGUGCUUUUCUACGAACCGAAGCCCAGAAGCCAGUGUCCUGGACCAAAAAUGUGCCAACUGCAGCUGCUGUGACACCUAGCAGUAUCACACUGCAAUGGUCAAAUGAAGAGCGCGGUUCUGAAGGUGUUGAGAAGUACCAAAUUUUCUAUCAAAUACAAGGCACAGACGAAUGGCAGGGUUGCAGUACAAUUGACAGUCGAAAAAUAGCAAUACUUGGAAACCUGCCACCAGCGACGUCAUUUCAGUUCGCAGUACAAUCCGUUGAUGAAAUUUGUCUGAGUGCGUUCAGUGAAAUCAGCGAGUGGAUAACAACUGCACCUGUACCAGAACUAUCGAGUCAGGUGAAAACACUGCUUAAAAAACUUAAGUCAAAUAAAGGCGACGACGACAAGGACGAUGAUGAGAGACGUUUUGUAUUCGACAUUGACUACUUAACAUUGGCAGAGGCAUCAGCAAUUUGUGAGGCUCUAAAACCCGUCUCACCUAAAUACAUGGCCAUCACCUGCAAAUAUAUAUCGAUGGAAAGUCUUGAACGUAUAGUUGACUCACUGAAAACAAACAUGAGGGUAGAGGGGAUUGGAUUCGGUAAAGAACAUUAUGGAGAUGAAGAAGAUAAUCGCUUGAUCCCAGUGUGUGGACGAAAUUUGGCAGAUGCCUUAAAAGUGAAUAAAAGAAUUGAGUACCUACUGUUCACUAACACAGGCUUAACCGAUGAUGAUUUUCAGUUGAUCACAGAUGAAUUGAAGAAGAACGAGACAGAUUUAAAGGGAUUGUAUAUGGAGAAAAAUCCUUUACUGACCAGCAGAAGUGCUAGAAAUCUGAGACAAUUGGUCGAGGUAACGAGAAAAUUAGAAGAAAUUUAUCUUUCAGGUUCAAACUUAAACGAUGAUUGGGCGAUUGAAAUUGCUUUAGCGAUGAAAGUGAAUACAACAGUUAAAGAACUGUCCAUACGUGACUGUAAGAUAGGAGAUGAAAGUGUCAAGUUAUUUGGAGAGAUGUUGGAAGUAAAUAGAACACUCAAAGAAUUAAUCCUUGGAGGAAGUCAAAUGACGAAUGUUGGUCUUAAGUAUUUAGCAGAUGGACUGAAAAAAAACGAUUCAACAUUAGAAUUGCUUUACUUGGGAGGGAAGCAGCUCUCAAAAAACAGUGAGGGCGGAAAAGCGCUAAUGGAAGCAAAAAGUGAAAAGUUAGAUUUAGAAAUAUGGGUGUGA